AUGGCUACAGUGCGAAUAUGUGUUUGCGGAGAUGAUGGGACUGGAAAAUCGAGUCUCAUCACAUCCCUAGUCAAAGAUGUAUUUGUUACGAACAAAAUCCAAUCAGUUCUCCCUCAAAUCACCAUACCUCCGAGCAUUGGUACUCCAGAAAAUGUUACCACAACCAUUGUCGAUACAUCUGCCGAACCUCAAGAACGAAAUACAUUGCGAAAAGAAAUAAGGAAGUCCAACGUUAUACUCUUAGUAUACUCGGAUCAUUACAGCUAUGAAAGAGUGGCUCUAUUCUGGAUGCCAUACUUCCGCUCCUUGGGUGUGAAUGUACCGGUAGUAUUAUGUGCCAAUAAAUCUGACACAACUACAAAUGCGAACACAGCACAAGUGGUGGAGGAUGAAAUGUUACCGGUGAUGGCAGAGUUUAAAGAAAUAGAUUCUUGUAUACGGACGAGUGCAAGGGAACAUCACAAUGUUAAUGAAGUGUUCUUCCUAUGUCAAAAAGCCGUUACACAUCCCAUUGCACCACUUUUCGAUUCCAAGGAAGGUAUAUUGAAGCCUGCGUGUGUCGCGGCUUUAAAUAGGAUAUUCUACUUGAACGAUAAAGAUCAGGAUGGAUAUUUAAAUGACCAAGAAAUGCAAGACUUUCAAGUCAAGUGUUUUGAAAAGCCAUUGGCCCCCACUGACCUCGAAAAUAUUAAGAUAUCGAUAAGUAGGGCUUCGCCAAAUUCGAAUAUGGAAAAGGGCGUUGAUCAAAAAGGGUUCAUUCACCUCAACAAAAUAUUCGCGGAAAAGGGCAGACAUGAGACUAUAUGGAUUAUACUACGGAAAUAUCAUUAUACAGACAGCCUGAGCUUGAAGGAUAGUUUCCUUCAUCCUAAACUCGAUAUUCCCGAAUUUGCUUCUGCAGAACUCAGUCCCGCUGGAUAUCGAUUCUUCGUCGAUCUCUUUCUGUUGUUCGACAAAGACAACGACGGAGGGUUGAAUGAUAAUGAAUUGAAUGCGUUAUUUGCACCUACUCCGGGGCUUCCAUCACAUUGGCUCGAUUCGAACUUCCCAGCUUCUACAGUUCGCAAUGAAGCCGGGCACAUAACUCUCCAAGGUUGGUUAGCUCAAUGGUCUAUGACAACCUUUGUUAGCCCUGCCACUACCCUCUCCUACUUAGCCUACCUGGGUUUCGAACCUACGCCUGGCAAACCUUCUACAACAACCGCCCUCAAAAUAACAAAACCUCGCAAAAGACGACGUCGACCUGUCCGCACCGAGCGCAACGUAGUUCUCUGCUACGUCCUUGGUUCCUCCUCGUCAGGCAAAUCCUCCAUCCUCGAUGCCUUUCUCAACCGUCCCUUUGACGACCUGUACCGGCCUACCAUCAAACCGCGCGUCGCAGUCAACAGCGUCGAACUUCCAGGCGGCAAACAGUGUUAUCUAAUCCUCGAAGAACUCGGCGAACUCGAACCUGCCAUCCUCGAAAAUCAAGCCAAACUCGACGCCUGCGAUCUCCUCUGCUACACUUACGAUUCCUCCGACCCCGACUCCUUUUCCCACAUCAUCGACCUACAUAAAAAAUACCCCGCCCUCUCAUCCCUUCCCUCAAUCUGCACAGCCCUCAAAGCCGAUCUCGAUAAAACAACCCAAAGAUGCGAAAAACAACCAGAUGAAUACGCUCAGCUCAUGAACAUGAACGCCCCAGUCCAUGUAAGCGUCACGUGGCAUAGCAUUAGUGAACUUUUCGUUACACUAGCAGAAGCAGCGACGGAUCCAUCAAAAGCGUUUCCCAAAAGUGAGGAAGAGGCACCGGAUAGAACAGGUGUGUGGAUUGCGGUUGGCGCGACGGCUUGUGCGGUUGUGGCGGCGGUUGGGUAG